UCGGAAUAUAAAAGAUCCCACUUCUUAAUCACCAAAGUAAAAUACAGCCGAAAAACCGUGACUGAGCGCGUGUUCCCACGCUCUUCCACUCUCCUCCCCUCCCCUCUCCCGUCUCUCCGCCAUGGCUACGACGGAGCAACCACUGAAGAAACGGAAGCUUUGCGAACAACCAUCACCACCACCGCCACCUCAGUCAUCGCCUCCUCUUCCUCCGCCGCAACCACCACCGCAGCAGCCGGUGGUUUUACAGCAGUGCAACAGCAACGGUGCGCCGGCGGCGCUAUCUCAGGAUGAAAUUAUUAAACGGAGAAGGAACCAGGAAGAGAUUCGGAAUGUUUAUGAGUGCUAUAAACGGAUUAAAUUCUGCAUCUCACAGAACGAUGAUCGUCUUUCGUCUGAACUUGAACAAGCGUAUCUCUCUCUUAUUACUGCUUCAAGAGGCUGCACAAGUGUACAACGUCUAGUGGCUGAUUUUAUUCCUCGUUUUUCUUCAUAUUGUCCCACUGCUCUUGAAGCUGCAGUGAAAGUUGUUAUUAAUAUGCAUAACUGGAAGUUAGCUUUGAUUGGCAAAGGAGAAGAUACAGACAGUGUUGCAUUUGACACUGCUAAGGCAUGCAUUUUUGGUCUAGCUGAUAUCUGUCAAAGUGCUGCUGCUGAGGCACCAACAUCAUCAGUUAUUCGAGGAAUUUGCACCACAGUUUUUCAUGAUGCAUUCACCUUCUUCAUGUCCUGUUUUGAAGGGAAGGAUAUUUUCGAGAUUGCUGACAAGGAAAUUUCUGGUAUUGAGGAUGCUCAUUUGUUCUCUGAGUACCAACAAAAAAUUUUAAACAAGGAACAAUCGGUACUGCUCAAGCUAUCUGAGUUCCGUGUACUUUGUUUCCUCAGAAUUUUCUUUACUUGCCCCAAAAAUUCAAUUGCAACUUGUUUUGAGCUCAUUGGCUCUACUGGAUCAGAGGAAUCUAAGCGGGAAGGAUAUUACUUACUUCAUCAGUUAACUAACAGGCUUGAUGAUGCUGUUGGUCAUCCUAGGAAAGGCGGAAAUAACACGGUGACAUCACCAUUGAAGUCCAGAGAAACAACUCGCGAAAGUAAGGAUGCAGAUGAUGGCCUUGAGGCAUGUGGCAAACAAGUCUCAGACAAUUGCUCUCCUGUUUUGAAGAGCUGCUUAUUAGGAAAGGCGGUAGAGAAAGAUCAUUCUCUGAAGAGCUGGAUCUGCUCAAGGUUUAGGAAACUAAGUAAAUCAGCUUCCUCUCAAGUUGUUUCAGAUAUUUCCUCAGUUCUUGAAGGAAUAUUGCAGUCUUUCUUAGAUGAAGUGAAGGCAGAAAAACCUCAUGAUGAGGGUGAUGAGGAUGGUUUGGAUAGUGCAAAGUAUGCUAGUGAGUACUUGGGUCAUGAGCUAUCUGCUAAAAAAUUAACUCAUGAAGUUUCUGGAAGCCCAGUAGUUCCUCUGGGAGCAACUCACCGUUCCAGUAUGAAUUCAAAUACUAAUAAUGGUGAGACUAGGUCUUUGUUUUUUGAUUCUAAAGAGCCUGGAGAUUUACUGAAUACCAGGCCUUUGGUGUCCAUGGAGGUCUAUACCCAGCAGAUUCUUUCACCUAUUGUUAGAACACCGUCGAAUUUGAGGAAUAUUUCAUCUGAUGGAGGACAUCAUGUCAUGAUGGAGAACCACCACCACAUUCUUAAUGUGGACCAUCCUAUACCUGCCUCAAGAUCAUCAGCUGGAGGCAUGAGUUGUUCCAUGGAGUCACCUUUGCAGCGUUUACCACUGUCUCAUUCUUCCACAAAUCAAGUGAUCUGGUACACUGAUGGAGACCCAGCUGCAGCAGACAUCUUUUCUGCUUCAACGCAGCUAUGGUUGGGGUCUUUAGGCCCUGAUGCAUCUGAAAUUCUUGUCAGACAUAAGUUUGAGAUGUUUGGUCCAGUAAAUCAAUUUGCAUUCUUUGCAUUCAAAGGUUUUGCUUUGGUUGAGUAUCAAAACAUUAUGGAUGCGGUGAGAGCCAGGGAAAUCAUGCAGGGAAAUUCUCUUUGGGGUGCUGAUCUUCGAAUAAAAUUCUUGGAUAUAGGAUUGGGUCGUAAGGGGGUUAUCGAUGGUGUUGCUGUUGGUUCUAGUUGCUAUAUUUAUGUUGGAAGUGUUCAGAGCCACUGGAUGAAGGAUGAUGUCAUGCAUGAGCUGAGAAAAGCACUUCAAAAAGUUCCUCGGAUGGUUACUGAUUUAGGCAGCGAAAGAGCAUUGCUGAUGGAGUUCGACACCCCUGAGGAGGCCACAAUUGCUAUGAAUCAUCUGAGGCACUGGCGUAAGGUAAGGAGUGACUGCAUUCAGCCCCAAAACUUAGCUCCAGCUAAUGCUUCCAUGCGUACUGAAGGUAUAAGACCUAGCUCUGCCCCUGGUUAUGUUGGCACAGGCAGCAAUUUUUGUGCCAAUAGUACCGUUGGGUCAUCUCACUUCCAGAAUGUGCUUGAGAACCAUUCUACUCAUGCUUCAAGAAUGUCACGUCUAUCUUCUUUGCUUUCACAGUUGAGCACCAAAUAUAAUGUGAAAUACGAUCCUGGCUAUAAGAGUCAUCAUAUGCCAGGGAAUUGUGAAAUAAUGCAGACAAAUACACUACGGAUUAGCAUUCCAAAUGGUAGCUCCUUGUUUAUCACAGAAGAUGAGCUUUUGGCUAUUUGUAAUCUUGCCAUUGACAAAAAAGGUUCUAUCAUCAGGUUGAUGAGAGAAAAUAUGCCUAUGGGUUCUUGUUGGCUAGUUGAAUGCAGCAGCAUGGAUUCUGCAAAUUCUCUCCUGAAGACCCUUCGUGAUUGUCCUGGGUUAUUCUUCCACAUAGAAUUCAGGCAACCCGGGCAGCAUCAUAUUCCUGUUCCUGUAAAAAAUGAAGGUAGUAUUCUGGAGCUUACAUCACCCAGACUAAAUCCAGAGCAAGGUAGCAUGCCUCAUGCUGGAUAUGCACUUCAGUCAAACUGGACACAUAUAGCAAGCAGAGGAAUGCCUGAAGUUCCAGUUCCAUCACCAAGAGGUAAUCAUGUAUUCUCUGGUGCUGUUAAUGACAUGUGGAUGCACAGGAAAUCUGAAGCAGAGAUACAUUCUAGACCGGGAAUCGUUGCCAGCAACUCCACACCUACUCUAGUGCCUCUUAGACCACUACAGCCUCUUCAAGGACCUCCUACUGUGCCACCGCCUAUUCAUGCACUUCCUCCUGCAGCACCUCAGCAAAUUCAAGGACUUCCUAUUGCACCACCACAGCAAGCACAACUUCCGCCCUUUGUGCGCCCAAUGUACUUCCCUCCAAGUGGAUGGGAUUCACGUGGUUUGAACCAUAACUUGCCACCAAAUCCAAUUCCAUCUAGUGCACUGCCUACUAAUCCUCAUCAUUGUUCAGUUGCAUCGCCAUUUGUACCUGCUUCUGUGCCUCCAAUGUUGCAGAUACAAGGCACCUCCAUGCCACCAUUUGAUCAUAUGUUUCCUGUGCCUGUCGUUCGACCACCCGUGACGUCUUUACCGCCACAGCCACCACCUCAGCUUGACUCAUUACCCCCGUUACCUCCACCUGUCUUGCAGCCUCCAUUACCUUCAUCCCCACCCCCACCACCUUACCCUAACCCACCUAAUAUUCCCCCUCCUCCUAGUUCCCCGCCUCCUCCCCCACCUCCAUUAUCAGCAUCUUCAAAUUCAGAAAGUUCUAAACAAUAUUUGCAGUGUCAAUGGCAGGGCUCCUUGAGCAAAAGUGGAGUUCAUUACUGCACGAUUUAUGCACAACGAGUAGAGUCUGAUUUUUGCAGGUAUCCAAAUGCCAAUGCUGAGCCCACGGAAUGGCCUGUGAAGUUGGAUAUGACCAAACGCACUGAUUUUCGGCAUGUCAAAUCAACAUUUAGUAGUACACCAUCCCAUAAAAAGGAGAUAUGCUGGUUGCUACCUUCUUCUCCAGUGGACCAUAAGGGCUUUCAAGAUUUUGUAUCAUACUUGAAGCAGAGGGAAUGUGCCGGUGUAAUUAAAAUCCCAGCCAUAAAUUCAAUGUGGGCGAGGCUUCUCUUCAUCCUUCCGCAGUCUUCUGAUACCUGCUCUAUGCUCUCAGUUGCGCCUAAUCCUUCUCUUUGUCUACUUGGUCUGGUGGUGCCUAAAGAGACAAACUCUGAAUGGGCAUGACGUUGAUCUAUGUGGGCAGUACCGCAUUGGAAAAAAGGGUGGGCAUGCUGCCGCUAAUUGCUUCAUGCUGCUACUCGCCAGGUUUUGUUCAGUUUUUGACUAUAUGAUGUAUCAUAAAGGCAUUUGCCACGAGAUUUGGUGAACGUGCAUGGUUCAUAAAGAUAUUCAUGAGUCACAGCCAGUACUGAUUGGCAGUUGCAGCAAGGUGUGAUGAUCCAUAGUAAUUUGCUCACAAGCUUUGAAUCUGACAUAUAUUAUCGGACAAUAGAUCAACUCCUCAUACUGCUGAAUUGCUGUCAUCCAAUGUGAGAUAGUUACUGGGAAGUCCAUGUUACUUUUUUUAACUUUGUAGGUAGCUCAUAAUAUCAUAUUAUUGAUAUUGCAACAAGAUGGUGUUGUCAACUCAAUGCCCAAGUUAUAUUGUAGGAGUCUUGUACUUAGAAUCCACUUAGCCUUUUUGUUUCUUCUUUCUUUUCUCCAUCAGUGGAGGGAUAUCUUCUGAUGUCCAUGUAAGAUUACUAGUAGAAUAUGGUUGUAUGUGAGGUUGAUUUAUUCUUUUCC